GUCUCUGGAAAUAAGAUUCCAGUGCAGAGAUUUUCAUUUUCUGGGACCCCGGCAAUUGUUUCACACACUUCUGUUCUCUGCAGUCAGUUUCUACCUCAUUCAGAGCAGUUCGGAGCUGGGGAGACCUGCCGGUGCGCAGUACUGCGACAAACUUGCUGCAUAACAGAAAGGACCUAAUAAGGUUUUUUGCUACGUAACAUUACAUCAUGUGGGUAACAAACCUGGUAGCCCUGGUCCUCCUGGCCACCGCAGCCUCAGCUGCCACCUCCGCAACAGCAGACAAAGUCUUAAGCAACCACGCCACCAUCCUGGCUGACAACAGCGCCGACUUGGCAUUCAGUCUCUACCAAAACAUGGCAAAGGAAAAAAAUAUGGAGAACAUCCUCAUUUCCCCUGUAGUUGUGGCCUCCUCUCUGGGUCUAGUGGCCCUUGGUGGAAAGGCCUCUACUGCCUCUCAGGUGAAAACUAUUCUGAAUGCUGCUAAAGUUAAAGAUGAGCAGCUACACUCGGGCCUGGCUGAGCUCCUGACUGAGGUGAGCGACCAGAAGACCCGCAAUGUCACGUGGAAGAUUAGCAACCGCCUGUAUGGACCCAGUUCUGUCACCUUUGUGGAUGCUUUUGUCAAGAGCAGCAAAAAGCACUAUAAAUGUGACCACUCCAAGAUAAACUUCAAGGACAAGAAGAGUGCCGUGAACGCCAUCAACGAGUGGGCGGCCAACUCUACUGACGGCAAACUGCCUGAGGUCACUAAGGAUGUAGAGGAGACUGACGGGGCAAUGAUCAUCAACGCCAUGUUUUUUAAGCCUCACUGGGAUGAGCAGUUCCAUCAUAAGAUGGUGGACAACCGUGGGUUCCUGGUGUCCAGUAGAUUCACUGUGUCACUACAGAUGAUGCAUCGCACAGGUAUCUAUGGCUUUCAUGAUGACACAACCAAUAAGCUGUCCAUCCUGAGCAUACCCCUGGCUCACAAGAAGUCCACCAUGGUGUUCAUCAUGCCCUACCAUAUUGAACCUCUGGACAGACUGGAGAAGCUGCUGACCAAGAAGCAGCUGGACACAUGGAUGGGCAAGCUGCAGCAGACUGCUGUAGCUGUGUCUCUGCCCAAAGUCAGCAUGGAAGUCAGUCACAACCUGCAGAAACACCUCCAGGAGCUGGGCCUGACCGAAGCUGUGGACAAAUCCAAAGCAGACUUGUCCAAGAUCUCUGGGAAGAAGGACCUCUACCUGUCUAGCGUGUUCCACGCAUCAGCCCUUGAAUGGGACACUGACGGAAACGAAAUGGAUCUCAGCAUCUUUGCCACUGACAAGCUGAAAAGUCCCAAACUAUUCUACGCAGACCACCCUUUUAUCUUCCUAGUGAAGGACCAGAAGACAAACUCCAUUCUGUUCAUUGGCAGGAUGGUGAGGCCAAAGGGUGAAAAGAUGAGAGAUGAAUUGUAACCACGUGUUGAACGGAUUGUCUAAAUUAAAUGUCUGCCUGUGCGUAUGAGUAUAGAAUGACUUCUGCAAUAUGCUUAGAAAUAUGGAAAAUUAAAUGUACAUUUGAUACAUUCCGUCAUGUCACAUGUCCACAGCAUUCCUUAAUACAUGACUUCACAGAUGUGUUUAAGCAUUUUGUCCUGUGUUGUAGCAAGCAAAGCAUUGUGCACAAUGGUUUUUAUGUUAUGUUAGCAGAUCACAUUAUGGACUGAAGACUUACAUUAAGUAUGAGUUUCCUAAUUAAUGUCUAGAAUGUUAAAGCACAUUUUACGCACAUGUAUUGUUUCAUUUGUCAUCUGGCCUAGAUAGUAUUUGUUAUAUGUGCUCAACAGUCUUAUAUUUGGAGAGAAUUUAACUUACAAAAUGUAUUUUACCAUUGCAUGCUUUUGUUAAGUCCCAGUAUCACCCUUGUGAUAUCCAUCCUUUGCACUGCUACAAGCGACAUGGUUUUUUACUGAUACAUCCUGAAUGCACUUGCUCACACUGGAUGACUGCCCUGUGGUUGAUUUAUUAAGCACUAUCUGUAUGACGGUGGGUACACACAUGGUUUGACUAUACAAAUUAUGAUUUGACUGUUAAAGUUUUUUUUUUGUUUUUUGUUUUUUUUUUAAAUAAAAGUUAAUAAAAAUAAAGGUGUUACUUUAAUGUUA